GGGUAUCGUAACUGGUCGCAGUCAGGAGGACACGCCGUUUCUUGACGACUUGGAGGGAAACGGCGCAUGAAGUUGAGAUGUGGCUCAUUGGUUUGUUCGCUGAGCAGUGUGACAGCAUCUUAAAGGACUCGUGAACCAGAGAAUCUACAUCUCAGAGGGUUUGAGAGCAAGCAAUCAGCAUCUUCCAGAACUUAUGUCCUUCCAAAUGUAGGCUGAACAGUGCAGAUGGGUCUACCUGUGGACAAUCCAGACAGAGAUGAUGAUGAUGAUGCACGUAAAUAUGAACAGCGGGGAGAGGGCUCAGGGAACAACAGCCAAACUGAAGCACGCACCCGCACCCCUCCAGCCAUUAACAAGAAGAAGAAAAAAAUCAAGAAGAGAUGACUGUGGAUCAACCUCACCAACUGCAAAUAUGAAAGUGUGCGGCGUGCUGGUCGUAGAUAUGGUCUCAGAGAAGCAGCAGAGGGUGAGGACUGGACACUGUUCUGGACUGACUGCUCUGUGUCACUAGACCGUGUGAAAGAUAUGAAACGCUAUCAGAAAAUUAAUCAUUUCCCAGGGAUGAGUGAGAUUUGCCGCAAAGAUUCACUUGCAAGGAACAUGAACCGGAUGUUCAAGCUUUUUCCCAAAGAUUACAAUAUCUUCCCCAGAACUUGGUGCCUUCCUGCAGACUACAGUGAUUUCCAAGCUUACACAAGGGCCAAAAAAAGCAAGACAUACAUCUGUAAGCCAGAUACAGGUUGCCAAGGUAAAGGCAUCUUCAUCACUAAAUCAACUAAAGACAUUCCCCCAGGAGAACAUAUGAUCUGCCAGGUUUACGUCUCUAGGCCUUUCAUAAUUGAUGGCUACAAAUUUGACUUGCGGAUCUAUGUACUGGUAACAUCAUGCGAGCCUUUCAGGAUAUUCAUGUUUAAAGAAGGACUGGCUCGCUUCUGCACCACAAAAUACAAUGAACCAACUCACAGUAAUGUGGAGGAUGUGUGCAUGCAUCUCACCAACUAUUCCAUUAACAAGCACAGUGAGAACUUUGUCCGUGACGAGGACACUGGCAGCAAACGAAAGUUGUCCACUCUGAAUAAACACCUGGAGUCCAACUGCUGCAACACAGAAAAGAUGUGGAAUGAUAUUGAAGAUGUGAUAAUAAAGGUUCUGAUCUCGGCUCACCCCAUCCUUAAACACAACUACCACACGUGCUUCCCCAACCACACCAGCGGCAGUGCUUGCUUUGAGAUCCUGGGUUUUGAUGUGCUGCUGGAUCACCGGCUCAGACCCUGGGUGCUCGAGGUGAAUCACUCACCAAGUUUUACAACUGACUCACAACUGGAUCGUGAGGUGAAGGAUGCUUUGCUGUAUGACACGCUCGUUCUCAUCAAUUUGGGAGCCUGUGAUCGGCGCAAGAUCACCAAGGAGGAGAGACGAAGAGUGAAGGACAGGCUGCAACAAAACCGCUCCCGAGAGGCCAGGUCGGAGGAGCUGCGUCAGUGCCAAGCAGCUUUGGUGGAGCAGAUGGAGAGGUAUGAGGCCAAACACCUGGGAGGCUUCAAGAGGAUCUAUCCCAGAGAGGGAGGAGAAAAGUACGACAAGUACUUUAAACACAGCAGUUCACUCUUUCAGGAGACUGCCGCUUCCAAAGCAAGAGAGGAGUGUGCCAGGCAACAACUGCAGGAGCUGCGUCUGAAACAGGAGCAGAAAGAGAGGGACCAGAAGGGGGGCCGGAGGAAAGACCUGCAAGGGGAGACUGCAGGGGAGAGAGUCAAACCACGAAGAACAAAACUGCAAGACCACAUCCCAAACUCUGACUCUGAGCUGCAGCUGCUUUUAACUGAGCACCGUCUGUCCAGUGUGACACUCAGUCCUGUCACCGUUGAAGGCCCGGAGGAGAAACAGCAGCAGCAGCAAAAGGAAGAUGAGGAAAAGGAAGAGGAAGGGAACGAGGCGGACGAGGAGCUGGAGCGGGUCAAUGCGCUGCUCCAGAGGAAGAAAAUGCUGCAGGACCUGGGGGUGGUGGACCAGAUCCAGCAGCUGCUGCAGCACCAAGCAGAAGGAGGAGGAGGGGUCCUAGGGGAUACCAAGGGCACCCAUCCCCUCCAGCAGAGCAAGCAGACCCACCAGAGACCACAGCAGACCAAGAUGGACUCUUUGUUGCAGGUUUCCCAAAAGAAGCAUUCCUGUUCUCAGGUCUCACGACAGCACAUUCACUCCCACAUGACUCAGCCACGAUUACUCAGGUCUACGUUUGAACAGAGAAACCCAAGUGAGUCUGCUUAUGUGCAGUAUGAGCCAGAGAGCCACAACAGACAAGAAGAAAUACGAGGGUCCACCAGCGUCCAGCGGAUACUCUGUCCAGUCAGUGGCUCUUCGGUUAUUCGGCAGGACAGCAGGACCACCUCGUACUCUGAUACCCGGGCCCGGGCCAGCAUCCCCAUCAUAAACCGGGUCCCUAAAGGAGGAGGAAUGCGAUGUGCCUACAUGUCCCAAGAUGACGAAGCCCUGCAGAGUCUGUUAGUCAUCUCGUCUCGUGCCCCCCUGGUCAGGAGGCCUGGUUUCUCUCACAUAGUCCGCAACUCCUCCCACAGAGCCCCCCAGCAUGGUAAAGGGCAGUAAGGAGAACCAUCACAGAGCACCGCCACCUCCCAACACCUCCAACCAAAAGGCGAGGGUGAAUCCCUGCUGCUGCAGGCCAACGCUCUCAGAUCCAAAUUAAAAUGAUUUUAAACACAGAGAAGUGGAAGCAGAGAGGCCUUAAACUGUGAGAAUGUAGAAACACACUGUGCCUAUGACGACUCAUAUUUGAAUGUAGAUUUUAUAUCUGGACUCCAGCGGUUUACGCUGCUUGCCAC